AUCCUUUUACGCGCCGGAUCGUCAGCAGUCACCUCCAGUGCGCGCGGCCAGGCUGGAGAGGACGCACACAAACUCACACCCCACGAUCCCCGGUGCGACUUUUGGUGGUGCACAGACACACAGGAGCAGAAGAGGAGAAUGGAACCCCUGGUUUUGGAUCUGGUCUGAGUCUGGUCGGUACAGUCAGCGCGCCUCCGACCCGUUUCCAAGUCCUGUCUUUUCCCCGGCUCGAGUCACGGUGUCGCCGCGGACACAAUGGGCUGCUGCAGCGGGCGAUGCACUCUCAUCUUCAUCUGCACUUUGCAGUUGGUGUUGGCUUUGGAAAGGCAGGUCUUUGACUUUCUGGGCUACCAGUGGGCCCCCAUCCUCGCAAACUUCUUUCACAUCAUCAUCGUUAUCCUCGGCCUCUUCGGUACUAUCCAGUACCGGCCUCGCUACAUUGUGGUGUAUACAGUUUGGGCCGCUCUGUGGGUGGCCUGGAAUGUCUUCAUCAUCUGUUUUUACCUGGACGUAGGAGGCCUGUCCAAGGACAGCGACCUGUUGACGUUUAACAUCUCAUCUCACCAUUCUUGGUGGCGGGAACACGGGCCGGGCUGUGUGACGAGAGAAAUGUCGCAGGAUUCAGGGGUCCACACCACGGACAGCCACUCCUACAUCACGGUCAUGGGCUGCCUGAUGGAAUACCAGUACAUCGAGGUUAUGCAUAGCGGCACACAGAUCCUCUCUGCUCUCCUGGGUUUCGUGUACGCCUGCUAUGUUGUCAGCGCUAUCACUGAGGAGGAGGACAGCUUUGAUUUUAUUGGUGGAUUUGAUCCAUUUCCACUCUACCAUGUCAAUGAGAAACCAUCCCAUCUUCUCUUAAAGCCUGUGUACCUGUCUACGUAAAUAGGAGAAGGUCUUGGAGGGAGGUGACGCGGCAAAUUCCCAUGGAGACGUGAAUACCCCGGCACACCGAGGCUCGACAGACAUUCUUCCCCUUCUUGAUUUCACCUUUUCAGCGCUGCAAAAUGUGUCAGUUUACCGCGCUGCAAAGACAAGUCAACGCUUCUCAUUUUUUUCCGUGGUGGGAAAAGGGAGGCUUACAGUGUAACAAAGCCUCAUGUAUUUUGGGAUGAAUCAGUUUUUUUUUUUCAUUGAGCUCUCUGUUGGGCUGGCAUCAUUUUGCCCAUAAUAAUUAUGUAAUACUCCCCAAGAACUGCUAUAGCAUAUGGUAUCUUAAAUACGUAUGUAUGUAAAGGGGGACUGCCCAGCACUCCCAGUCGGUGGUGCUGUCUCAGAGGACUCAGUGAUUUAGAAUGUUAUUACUCGUCGGGCUCGGAUCUUGGCUGGAGGGCUGAAUUACAGCGCAGUCCGUGGAAUGAGGGAUUGUGUGCUGACUGUUUACUUUAGGCCAGGAUCUGUGUGCAUAAAUAGGCAAGGGAGGGGAGGAAACAGAAGAACCAAACCUACAGGGGCGUCUGUCAGAAAUAGAAAAUGUAAAUAAUGGAACAGGGAACGCUGGUGGAGGGGUGGGGGGGUAUGGGGGAUUUUUAAUCAAGGGCAAAUUCAAACUCUCGAGAACGCAACAGAGCGUUAAUGUGUAAGAGGUUUAAACGCAAGGAAUGGCGUGCAAGUGGACUUUAAUUUUUUUGGAGUCUCAGCAUUGUGAGCGAGUCAUUCUUUCUGCCGUUUUCAUGUUUUUGUGUUUGACUGAGCGUUUUGUUCUUAAAUCCUCUAAAUACUGAGAGAUCCGGCUGCUGACGGGGAUCAAGCAAAGGUUAGGCAGUUUAUUUUUAAUGAGAGGAGACAAUACAAAUAAGCUUGUGUAAAGUAAACCAGAGCGUCAUCAUCUCAGUGUCACCUGUGAUCAUGUGUUUUUACAGGGUUUGGAUUGUAGCUGUCUUUAUGACAUAUCAAGUGGCUUUUAUCUUGUGCUGGCUGAACACAGGUUAUUCUAACGUUAUCAUGUCUUAUAUUAAUCAUGUUUCUCUCAGUCUGCCUGCGAUAAGUUCACAUAAAAGUGUUCGGAUCAUAUCUCCGAUCCUAAGUGGUGUCACUUGCAGCGAUCACAGUUGACAAGAACCCUGUCACUGUUUGUGCGAUUCGUCACUGCCCUCUGGUGCUCCAAGUCUCCAUGUACAAGUUGCAAAGCAGCUUCAGCUUCAGGUCUGCUGCUUAACAAAACCUUAAAAAUAUUAUGUUGAUAUGCACAUUGAUUGUGUUUUAAAUGUUACAGGAAGUCUUUUCAUUUCUUAAAAUGUGAUUGUUAAAUCUCCAAAUAUAAAAUUGCUUCUUUUUUUUAAAAAAUUAUGGCUGUGUCCACAUUAACAGCGGAAGUGACCUAAAUCUGAUUUUGUUGCUAGCAUGUAACAAAGUUCUGAUGAUUACAAUUUGUAUUUUGUAUCAUAUUUGGACCACUUGUGCACAGUACAGUGGAUAACUUUCAUUCCUUCAUUCAUUUUGUAUACCCGCUUAUUUGAAUUAGGGGUCAUGGGGGAGCUGGAGCCUAUCCCAGCGGUCACUGGUUGAGAGGUGGGGUACACCCUGGACAGGAUGCCACUCUAUCGCAGGGCCAGUGGUUAACAUGUUUCAGAAAAUAAUGCUGUGCUGUUAAAUAUUCUAAGAUGUAUCAAUAAAUCAGCCCAGUCUCACUUUUUUUUCGUGCUCCCGUCACAAAAUGAGUCACAUUUUCGUGACGCGGCUUCCUUAAAUUUUACUAUUUCUAACCCUACCCCUUUCCAUAACCCUAACCUAACCCCCUCUCUUUCUCUAACCUUAACCAUAAGCCCCACAGAUGCCCCCGCGUCACCCACAUUUCGUGAUACCAUCACAAAAUGAAUUUGUGCUCCCAUUACGAAAAUUGGCACUUUUUGUGACAUUAUCAUGAACCAUAAAGUAAUUUACUUUUUGAGAUGCCAUCAUGGAAUGCUGUGAGAUUAGGUUGAAAUAAAUCUAAAUAUGCAAAAGAUAUGACCAUUUCUCACCUUUUAAAAGUAUGUAAUGUUUUGUAGCUGGAUUCCAGUUGUUUCUAAAUAUAUCAAGUUGUAUUUAAUCUGAUUUACAGUAGUAAUCAUAGUGACUGAAAGAUCAUGCACUGGUCAGUAGACUGACAAACAAAUAUUUUUUUUUCUUAUUUUUUAUGUAAUUACUAAGUAAUAAUGAAUUAAAAAAUAAUGACAUUUGAUUUUUGUUGCAAAACAAUGGUUGGACAUUUCAAAUUAGAUUUUCUAAAGAUUCAAUGUUAUAAAAAAAAUCUGAAAGCUCUACAUUGUUAAAAAAAAGUAUAGAUUGCCUAAAACUUCUCACCAGAUUUGCAUGCGGUUCUAGAUCUAAUAUCUGGCAAUGUGACAGAUACAACUCAUAAACGUAAAUGUGAAUAUCCAUAUUUAGGUCACUUCAGCCACUAAUGUGAACAUAGAAUGUUAUUUGAUUGCAUUAUGGUGCUACAUGUGGAAUUGUCUGCUUGGGAUUUUAUAAUCAAACUUUGCAAACAAAUGUAUCUUUGUUCGCUUUCUUCUCACAACAUGAAUCUUUUGAUAACGUAUGAUGUUAAACAUCCUUUACUGCCAAUCCACAAAUGAUUCUGAAAAUCCUUCUAAACCCCAAAACAAUGUGGAAUUUCAGUGAUGAACUAUUUUGAUAUGACUGAUCAUUUCUGUAUUGUCAAUAUGCAAUAAAGUGUUUAGUAAUUGUCUUUAUGAUUUCAAGUUUACACAUUUCUGGUAAGCUAAAUGUUUUGUGGUGCUUAAAAACACAAAGCACCUCAUAACAUAAUCAGUAGUAAAUGCUACUAUAAGAGUUGUGUAAAAACUAGUCUUCCUCUAAGUGCAAUACCGAUUUUUCCUGAACCCUGGACACUGGAGUUGGUGUGACCUGUUUGGGUGUAUGUGUUCAUGUAAACUGAGAUAUUCCACCUCUUUGUAGAUAAUUCUUUUUCUUUGUGUGGAAACCUGAAAGGGUCAUUUUUUGUAUCAUCUAUUUUGCGUUUUAUGUAGCGCCAAACUCACGUGACCUGGUUGUGUCAUCCUAUUUAUCCAAAACUGUGCUUCGUGUUCAUGUAAAAAGCUGUUUGUUAAUAAACAAAAAUGUGUUCUA